UACUUCAGUUUCGGUAAAAUGACUAUUCGAUUAUUUUAAUAACUGAAUGUCAACUAUUUGUUGCCAUCUUCACAAAAUUUGAAUGUUAAUGCUAUCGAUAGAAACUAUCGAGUGUAAACCAUCUCUGGCGAUUCGCUUCCAAAGUAACUUUCAUUCAUGCUGUCUACAUUUAAGGCGCCAACACAAAUAAAUACGUUGUAGUUUGUAGCAGUUACUUUACAACGGAUUACGAGCAACUAAACAACAUGGCCUUAGUAGAAGACAAUGCUGACUUCGAUGUUGCAAAUGGAAUUAUUGAUAGUGAAACACCCCCGCACACAGAUCUAGCUGCCCAAUACAAGCAGAGCUUCGCCUAUUACACGUUCCGCGUGCGUCUUCCUUCAACGCUGGCCACGAUUGCCAGUUCGCUGGGGAACAAGGAAGAAUUGCUGUCUACGUAUGGAGCGGACGCAGCUUCAGAUAUUGAUCAAACAGCUGCAGCUGUGCUUCAGCUACGUUUGAAUAUUCUGAAAAAUGGACCGUUAGAACCAUUUACUGAUACAGAGGCAGACGCUGCCACGUGGAAUGCAUUUCUGGAGCAAUUGGGCAAGGACAAGCGCACCUACUUUAGCGCCUGCUGGCUAUACGCCGAGUGCUAUAUGUAUCGCAAAAUAUGGUCUACAUUCAGCUUAUCGCGCCUCGCUGGCUUUGAUUACUUUCGCAAGCAGAAGCAAACGGCAGCACAGCUUAGCCUGGACGCGAUGGUGGCUGUAGCGAAUGCCACACGGCGAAAUGAGCGCAAUUUGGAAACGUUUCAGCAAUUGUUGAAACUUAAUUUGUGGGGCAAUCGCUGUGAUCUGUCGAUUACGUCCGGCAAACAGGUGAAGCCAACGGGGGAUGCUUUCGCUCAAGUUGCCGAGCUGGAUAACAAUUUGCUGGUGGACGCAACUCAAGCCAUUUGGCAAUCUUUGGAUGGCUCUGACGGCAAUGGCACUGUGGAAAUUAUCUUCGAUAAUGCCGGCUAUGAGUUGUACACAGACUUAAUUGUGGCCGAGUAUAUCAUCGACAAGGGAUUGGCGCAAAAGGUGCGCUUCAAUGCUAAAGCCAUUCCUUGGUUCAUAUCGGACGUGCGGGCUGAAGAUUUCCACUGGUUUCUCGAGUUUCUCAGCGGACAACCGUUGCCUGUGCUCAGCGAACUGGGCACAAAGCUGAAACGUUUCGUCGACGAGGGAAAAUUCGAGCUGGCACCCUUGGAGCACUUCUGGACCAGUCCCUAUGAGUUCUAUCGCAUGGCCGAAGUGCAGCCAGCGCUCCAUGAACGACUCUCGCAGGCGCAGCUGAUCAUAUUCAAAGGCGAUCUCAACUAUCGCAAGCUGCUGGGCGACUACAGUUGGCACGACACCGAAUCAUUCGUUACCUGUUUGCGCGGCUUCCAGCCCUCAAACCUUUGUGCACUGCGCACUAUCAAAGCGGAUUUGGUCUGUGGACUCCCCACUGGCAGAUCCGAGCAAUUGUUUGCCAAGAACAAGGAGUGGAUGCUCACUGGCGAAUAUGGGCUCAUUCAAUUUGCCAGCAAGUGAAGAUGAGCUGGGCGGAGCAACUGUGAACAUGAUUAGCUCAAAUGUUGCCAUAGGCCUAGGCGUAGCUAAAUUAUUCAAUUCGACUUUUCAAAUUAUUUAAAUCAUAUUUAUUAGAAACUUUAAAUUUAUUCUCACAUAACUUUUGCAGCAUGCUGGGCAAUCAAUUCCUUAAGAUUAAUUAUUUGUUCAACUAAAUUCUUGGCUUGUCGACAAUAUGUAAAGUUUAUAGCAUGUAAUUUU